UAGCAUAAAUAUUCGUCUUCUGUUUUGCAAUUUGCACCACCAAAUUAACAAAACAAGUCCAUCAUCGAUAACCAGAGUGGGGGAGAGAGAAGAAAGAAAAGAAAACACCACUAUGAUGAUGAGCAACAACAACAAACCCACCUUGAAGAAGACAAGAACCUUUUCCCCCAAGAAAUCAGAUUCAAUGCAAAUCCCCACCGCUCAUCAUCAACCCAUGGAAUUUGUCCCUAAAAGGUGUGCUUCGCUAAAGUUUCCUGCCUCUCCUCAACUUGUUUUGGGGGAGGAGAUGCUCCAUUUCAGUCACCCACAACAUCCUCUUUCCCAUGUGAACUUACCGGACCUCUUCACCUGCGCCGGCUGUAAAGAGUACGGCGCAGGCAAGAGGUUCACUUGUCAACGAUGUGAUUAUCAACUUCAUGAUUUUUGUGCCUUGGCUCCUCCAGUUCUAAAGAGUCAUCCCUUCCAUUGCCAACACCAACUGGCUUUCUAUUCUAAACCAGUAAAAGGAGGGAUUGCACAAUCGAAGUGUGAUGUUUGUAGCAAGCCCAUCAAAGGCUAUGCUUUCAGAUGCGGCGCAGGUUGUUUCCAGAUGCAUCCUUGCUGCGCCAUGCUAUCUUCGGAAAUCAGCUUGCCAUAUCUCCAUCCCCAUACCCUAAGACUUUUACCUGCAUCAAAAAGUGGCAGCGAUCCGAGUUUUGUGUGUGGUGAGUGCAGGAGGAAGAGGUCGGGCACCAGAGUGUACCAUUGCACCGUCUGUGACUACCAUCUUCAUGCGGUAUGUGCAAAGAAUAUGAUCAAUGGACUUCAGGAAAAUGGCAUCAAGAACCUAGAAAAGCCCAGCAUGUUGGGGACUGCAGCUCGCCUGGCAUCUCAAGUGGUCAUCGAGUUCCUUGGGGGGUUGAUGGAGGGGCUUGGGGAAGGUGUUGCAGAAGUCUUUGUCCAAAAUGUCACCAGAUCAGGAAGAGGCAAUGGUAGAGGAAGAAGUCCUACUCCUUGAUUAAACUCUACAUGCUUCUUCAUGCACAUGCAGAUAUUGAUGAGGCUUGGAGUUUGGGAGUAUAUAAAUUACCAAAUAUAAAUAUAAAUAUAUAUAUAUAUAUAUACAGUUUUCUUUUCUUUUUCUUGCUUGGAUUUCUUGUGGAAAAUUAUUGUACUGUAAACAGCUGAUGAUGGGAGUGGAUCGAGUGCUUA